AUGGCGAUUUCAUCAUUGUUGCUUAAUAAAUAUUCAACAUUUUUCAAGAAAAUCGGUUCUUUUUUCACCAAAAGUAUGUCUGGUAAAACACCAUUGAAAAGAAUUCAAGAGAAUACUCAAAUUGCUCAAAACACUAUAUCAAUUUUAAAAAGUGAGUUAACUUAUAUUAAUAAAGAAUAUACCAAGAUGUUAGCUGAACAGUUAAGGCAAGAAAAUGCUCGUUUGAUGGCUGCCAUGGAAGAUGCUAAAAGGAGGCUUAUUGCUUUAGAAAUGCAAAAUGGAGUAAAACAAGUACCUGUUUCUUUUCAGCAAAAGGUGGUUUUAACCUCAAAGAUUCCUGAAGAAUCUCAAAAGGGAGAUAAUGUUGGUCAAGAAUGUAAACCACCUAAAGCACUAAAGGUAAAAUCACAAAAAAGAGGUGCAGAUAUUACAGAAGUACCAGUUGAUAUUGGUAGGCUUGAUUUGAGAAUUGGUAAGGUGGAAGAUGUUCAGAGACACCAAGAUGCUGAUUCUCUUUAUGUAUUGAAGAUUAACUGUGGUGAAGAGAAAUCAAGAACUGUCUGUUCUGGCUUGGUUAAAUAUGUCCCUGCAGAAAAGUUGAGGGAUAAGAUGGUUAUGUUGCUGUGUAAUUUAAAACCAGUUAAGAUGAGAGGUAUUGUAUCUGAGGCUAUGGUAAUGUGUGCCAGUAGUGAAAAAGGAGUUGAAGUUUUAAUUCCACCACCUAAUUGUGCUCCAGGUGAUUUAGUGCAUUGUAUUGGCUACACAAGACAACCAGAUGCAAUUAUGAACCCAAAAAAGAAAAUAUUUGAAACUGUUGCUACCGACUUGCAUACUAAUAACAACUUAGAGGCUUGUUAUAAGGGGAGAGUAUUAUCUGUACUUGGAAAAGGUCAUAUUUUAGCUGAAACCUUAAAAAAUGUUACUGUAAAAUAGAGAAAAUGCUUUUUUGUAACUUGCACAAAUAAAAGUUGGCUGACAUGAUAA